AUGGCUGGGCCUGAGAAUGCCAUGAAGUACAAGAUCCUAAUUUACCUUGCAGGACCAGCUUCUGCUGAGGUAAUUGCUGAUAUCGCUCUGUGCCCCUGUGAAGCUGUCAAGGUCUGUGUGCAGACACAGCCUGGAUUUGCUCGUGGGUUGAGUGAUGGGCUUCCCAAGUUCAUCAAAGCUAAGGGUGCUGCUGGGCUUUACAAGGGACUUGUUCCUCUUUGGGGUUGCCUGAUUCCUUAUAAGUGCUUUCUCUCAUCAUUCUGUUAUAGUCUUUUAAUUUGA